AUGGCCAGAGUUCAGAUCGCAAAUAUGAAUGCGCUCCAAAUAGUGUCACGUACGACAACGUGGACCCGCAACGCCCGCGCAUGGCAGGAUCGUCAUGAGGUGAGGUGCGGGGAUGUUGAAAUGGAUCCGUCCGCUUCUAAUAUGGCGAUUGAUAUUCAAAAUCUAAUUAUUGAACCUAAACAUUCGUGCUCGAAGGAGCCGAUGAGUAAUGAUGGUGAGCCCACGAUCGUUUUACAAAAUUUUUUAGGCUUGGAAUCAAUAUUUGAUACUCCACGCAAAGUUACGGCGUACAUUACGUCGCAAGAUAAUACUGGAAUGCAAACAUAA